UCUCUCCAUCUUCACAUUCCUUUUUGUUCAUCCAUCACAGGUCCCCUACGGCAGACUCGCUGGAUAUGGCAUUCAUCUCCUCAAAUUCGUUAUAGCCUUCGCACCUUUGUCACCAUCUUGGGUGAACAAAUCAAAUCCACACUCUCCAGAUCUCGAUACUCUCCAUGCAACCAUCGCGAUCACACCUCCGACCUCUCUGAUAUACGCUCCAUUUCUCGAGACUACUUCCGUUUACAUACCUGUUCGAUUCCACGAUAUACCAACAUAGACAUAUUGUUAUUUCAGGCCUUUUUUUUUCUUUGCAUCACAAUAACACCAGAUCGAUCCCACCAUGAUUCCUACCUCGGCUAGAGCCUCGCCGCACGCGAGACUUCUCGUCACGAAACGAGUGGCUGCAGCCUCUUCAAAUUAUGCAUUCCGCUACACAGAGUCUAUCCAACGUCAAAUUUCUUGUGAAACUGGCUCUCAGCGAGCUGCUACAAAUCCUCUACGCCAAGCCGAGUCUUUGGCUGAGAAUCUGUCAUCAAACCAACCUCCACCCAUCGACAGUCUCUACACCUCACGAUCUCCUCCACCUUACGGCGCCUCGAAGACUACAAAUGCAAAGUACCUCUUUAAGAAGUGGCAGAGCCCUGCACACUUCGUCAAGGACAUUGACGCGAAUAAGUCUUUUAACGGCAAGACCGAAUUAAACGCCUCGGCCUGGAAGAAGUCGAAAGCCUCGCGCGGAGGUAGCCCCAAGCAGAAGCUAUCGAAAUAUGAUGUCAGUCAAAUCAAAGUUGGAGAGCUUAGUCAAUAUGCCUCAGCCAACUUUGAUGAUCCCGUCAUUUCGCAACAGAUCGCUGUCGGCCAAAGCUCAAAUACUCACAACGAUUUGGCCAAAUACCGCCCCUUGGAAUGGAGUGAAUCGUUCGAUGCGCAGGCCCUCACGUCCGAGAAGCGCCCCGAACAAUAUGACGAUUUGGCCAUGUACAAAUCAAGUGAAUUUGCUGACACCAAGGUGUCCCCCUCUGAUGCUAUGGUAGGCUCGUAUGACAGCAGCACGAACGCUGUAGAUGAACCAAGCAAAGAGGUUACUGAGAACUACACAUCUGUUACAUGGAAUGAACCCAAUGGUCUACAGCAAAUCACAGCUGAGGAACAGUCAAAAGAUUAUGAUGAUCUCAAGGACUACCAGGUUGGGUUUACCGCCAAGGACUCUGUGCUCAAAGCCCACGAAGAGGCUCAACUUGACACAACUGUCAAGGGCAAACCACUGUCUGCUAAAGUUGAGGUUGUGGCGGAGGACAAUUCAAAAGACUACAAGGACCUCGGGUCUUAUGGGCCUGUGAAAUGGAAUGAACCCGAUGGUCUACCAACACAAACAGCUGAAGAAUUAUCCAAAGACUACAACGACCUGAAGCAGUACCAAGGGUACGACAACUCUGAUCCUACUGUCGAAAGAGUACAUCCUGAAGAGGUUGUCAAGCAAUAUAAAGACCUGGCGCAGUAUCGCGCUCAGGUAUUUGAAGAGCCUACCAUGCCAGCUCAGGUUCAAUCGGAUGAAGGCUCGCAGAGCUACAAUGACCUACACAAGUACCGAUCUAGCGAGAUUGACUCCGUUCUUGAACAGGAUACCCGUUCGGAAAAUGCUACAAAGGUUUCUGAGGAACUUGGUCGUUAUACACCUGAGAUGAUGAACGAAGCUACUGUCACUGAGGUUGCUGCUGCGGAUGCUGUUGCAGAUGCCGUUGCUGCCGGAUUAAAGGAAUUCGACAUGAUUUCUAGAUCCAAAGGCGAUGUAUCUCGUCUCCCAGUCGUUAGCCGCCCCUCCCUUGCCCUAGAGUUUCAUUCCAUUGCUGCUGCUGAGAAGCCAGGCGAGCCCGAUGCCAGCUCCAUGGAUGAGAGCUUUCCCCCAGAGAGCGGUCGCCUACGGGAAGUCAUCAACAGAUUAUCCGGGAAUACACCCAUGACGCCUGCCCAGAAGAUGGCAGUUGAGAAUGAUCCUUAUUCAAAAUCGCCUCAAGGCUUGGAAACAAGCUACGAACAAGAGCGUGGCGAUAAGGCAGCAUGGCCCUUGACUGCUCGCCAUCACCAAGGCCGCCUUGCAGCCGAGGAGGCAGGAUUCGCCUUGUUCAAAAUGAUGGCAUACGACUCUAGCACCAGGUCUGUCUCUAUCGCCGAGGUGUCAUCUAGUGCUCAAGACAACACGCGGGCAUCCAACCCCGCCGAAGCCAUUUUACAGCUCGCACAUCCGUCCAAGUUCUUCCCUCACUUUGCGCUCCUGCAGCAGCAGGGAUACGAGAUUGUGUCUGGUGGUCCCGAUGUUCUCGUCUUCAAGAAGGUCCGUGAGGCCUCAGAGUACUUGAAGCCUCAAAAGAAGCGCCCGUCUCGCGGCAAGCGCAUUCUCCUAGGUACUGCCGGCCUCGCUGGUGGCGCGUACGUCCUGAGUGUCUUUAGCGAAUACUUUUCUACAGGCACCUUUUAGGUGGUCAUUUGAUGGUUUGUUUUAUUUGCAUUUUACAUUACGAUUUUGGAGGCGACAUUGGUUUUUAUAGCACAUUUCCCAAGCACAGGCGUUUUGGCGGCGGUCAUAUACAUGUUUUCUCUCAUUCAUUUGCCUAGUUCAGUCAUACACAUUGUAUACAGCAUAAACAGUAAACAAUCUCAUUUGAAAACUUUGAAUCCCUCGAGUUCCGUGUCAAUUUGAUAGCUUCAUGUUCCGUGAACCUCUCUCUCUGUCUCUCUCUCCGGCUUUUCCCUUCUCUCACUCGUGUGAGACUUCUUCGUCUCCACGCUGGGGCGAUCUACUUGUGUUCAGUAAACCCCGGCCCAGUCUGAACGGCAUCGAUUGUAGUCAAAUGCAUCGCCCGUUUAUGAUCCUCUUUGCUGAAGCUCUGGCGUCGAUCCACGGACGGUUUCCACGUCUCGCUGGUAGCGCCGUUCGCGAACGGCAUGUUUGCUUGUUCUGCUUGCCCGGCUUUGUGAUGGCCAUUCUGUGCAGUAUACUUGGUGUCCAUGGUUUGCUUUUCUUUAUAAUCAGACUGACAAUAGACGGUGUGAG